AUGGCAGACGGGUGCAAGGUUUCUGCUACCAUGGUAGCUCAAUCUGAGAAAAAGUCAUGCGUGGUCAAGGUAGAUGGACACUCAAGAGCCAAGGGGCUGUUGAACAAGGGCGAGUACAUGGCUUCUCCCCCUUUCAGUGUUGGAGGCCACAACUGGGUUGUGAGAUACUACCCCAACAGUGACUCGGAAAAACCUGCGGGAUUCAUAGUCGUUCGCCUGGUUCUUGAUUCAGCUGAUGCCACCAACGUGAAGGCGGAAACCAUAUUUAGCAUUAUUGACAAGGAUGGGCUACCAAUGCGGCCGCGCACCCGUGAUCAUAUCUUCCCACACAAAGGUUCAUCUAUUCGCUACACAUUCCAGGAAGCUGCUUUAGAGGGAUCCACACAUCUACUGGAUGACUGCUUCAGCAUCCGGUUUGAUCUAACCGUCCUCAUCAACAACACCCAAAGUGAAGAAAAGGACCAGUUUGUUGCGGUUCCACCAAGCGACUUGCAUCGGCACUUCGGCAACCUGCUAGAGACCAUGGAUGGAGCGGACGUCACCUUUCUUGUGGGCGGGGACAAGUUCUCGGCUCAUAGGCUCGUGCUCGCUGCUAGGUCACACGUGUUCAAGGCAGAGCUCCUUGGGCCCAUGAAAGAGAAACACGACAGUCUCAUUGAAAUCCAUGAGAUGGAAGCUCACGUCUUCAAGUGCUUGCUCUAUUUCAUAUACACCGACACGCUACCCGCGUCUGACAUGGAAAGUCUAGAUGUGAUGAUGGCAAGCCAUCUGCUCGUGGCGGCGGACAGGUACGACAUUGAGAGGCUAAAACUGAUAUGUGAGCACAAGCUAUGCAACCACAUCGAUGCCGGUAUGGUGGCGACCAUCUUGGUUUUGGCUGAGCAGCAUAGUUGUCAUGGGCUAAAGAAAGCAUGUAUGCAGUUCCUUGCCUCACCCUCCAAUUUGCAGACGAUGAUGACAAGUGAUGGUUACGAGCAUCUCAAAAGAAGCUGCCCGUCUGUCCUUAGAGAGCUCAUUGCUAGGCCCUCGCCUAUUCCGCUCGUAGCAGCAAAGGAUAUCAACAUGGCAAUUUUCGUAGUAUGGCUCAUGAUCGUCGCUCAUAAAUUAGUUUAA